UCCUGCUGUAUCUCCUCCCCCUGCAAACGGAGUCUUGUGAAGCCACUUUCUCCCCCUUCUCCUUCCUUCGCCUCCGGGAGUGGCUGCAGAUCUGGGGGGUCUCCGGAGUCGGGGGGGAGCAGGUCCCUUCCGGAGGGGAGUCUGGGAAAAGCGCCACGUUUUGCGGAGGACCGCUGCUCCCUUUUUGCCGACGUGGAACGGCGGACGCUGUGCGCCCCGGAUAAUCCGAGUCCGGUAACGUGGGGGCGAGGAGCCGGGGCAAACACCCAGGCGCAUUGAGGAGAUUUGCCGCCUUCGGGAGCGAGUGCGAGGGAAAUGUCCGGCGAGCAGGCGCCGCGGAUCCUCCAGGAAAAGAGCAUCCGGGAAUUCCUCCAGAGGAAACCGGGGGAAGAGAUCAAGCAGGAGUCGCGCGAUGGCCUCCUUCAGCAGUGGGAAGCCCAGUGGCAGGAGUUCCUGAAGACGGUGGAGGCCUCUCAGCCGGGGCCCCUGCAGCCGCCCGAGGAGACCACCCCCUGGGACGACGCCAAGGCCUUCCUGGCCUCCUUCGAGCAAGUGGCCGAAGCCUGCCACUGGCCACGCGAGGAGUGGGUGACCCGGCUGCUGCCGGCCCUCAGCGGGGAGGCCAAGCACGCCUUCGGCAGGCUGGAUGGCAGGGAAAGGAAGGAUUAUGGGAAGGUGAAGGCGGCCAUCUUGCAAGGGGACGCCAUCAGCCGGGAGAAGAACCGCCAGUACUUCCGGCACUUCCGCUACCAGGAGGCCGAGGGCCCACGAGGGGUGUACAACCGGCUGCAGGAGCUCUGCCGUCGGUGGCUGAAGGUGGAGAGGCACUCCAAGGAGCAGAUCCUGGAGCUGCUGAUCCUGGAGCAGUUCCUGACCGUCCUCCCGCCGGAGAUCCAGGGCUGGGUCAGGGAACGGGGGCCCGCGUCCUGCACCCAGGCGGUGGCCCUGGCUGAGGACUUCCUCUGGAUGCAACGGGAGUCUUUGAGGUGGGAGCAACAGGUGGCAACGGCAGGGGUUCCCUUGGCGGCGGCAGCCGUUCCGCUGGCCGAGGCGGAGCCAGCGGCGCCUGAUUCUGGAAAGAGGCAACUGUGCUUGGUGGUGAAGCAGGAGAUGGAUGCCGUCAACAUCAGUGCCCACGGUGACUCCCGACAGGGCGAGAACAGCGGGGAAAUCCUUGGGCUCCAGUUGCAAAGAGUUGAGCAGCAGAAGCUGGAGGAAAACUUUGGGAGCCAAGGCGGGCCGAGGCGGAGAACGAGAAACCACCAGGCCGAGAAGUGGAAGAAGCCCCCCGUUCCUUGCCCCGGUGGCGGGUUCCACAACGCCUCCAUCUCGGAAGAGAAGCCCAUUGAGAAGAGGAAGUACAAGUGCAACGUCUGCGGGAAGUUCUUUAGCUACAAGUCGAGCCUUAAAAUACACCUGAGAAUCCACACGGGGGAGAAGCCGUACAAAUGCCAGGAGUGCGGGAAGAGCUUUAUCCGGAGCGACCUCCUCGCGUCGCACCAGAGAAUCCACACCGGAGAGAAGCCGUACAGCUGCUCCUACUGCGGGAAGAGCUUCUGUGACCUGUCCACCCUUAUCAAACAUCGGAGAAUCCACACGGGGGAGAAGCCCUACGUGUGCCUGGAGUGCGGCAAGAGCUUCAGCCAAAAGGCGAUCCUGAAUUCGCACCAGCGGAUCCACACCGGGGAGAAGCCGCACAAAUGCCUGGAGUGCGGGAACAGCUUCAGUCGGAGCACUUACCUUACUUCCCAUCAGAGAAUCCACAUGGGCGAGAGGACAUACAAAAACAUAGGCUUCUCUGAGCAGUCGGGCCUUAUUCACCCUCAGAGAAUCCACGUCGAGGAGAAACCCCAUAAAUGCCCGGAAUACAGCCAGAACUUCAGCCAGCCGUCGUCGUGCGCAACACAUCAGAAAAUUUACACGCUGAGCGACACUAUCAAUGUUUUCGAAUGUGGGGAGAAACUUCAGCUGGAGGCAGCAUCUUAUGAGACUUCUGAGCGUCCUAGCAAUUAGCCUCGUGUCUGGUCGCCUGCGGUGAUUUGAGCUUGCUUCCUGGUGACCAGGUGUUUCCCCCCUUCCAGCAGGGAUUAAAAGCCACAUUCUUUAUAAACGGCAGCACUGUAAAUGCUCCUUCAGCGGAGAUACAGACAGGUGGGCAGGGGCGCGCGAUU